AUGGACGUCAAGCAUGUCCAAGCUGUACAGAAUAAUCAUGCAGACCGGCUUCUUAGGUUAGAGAAAAGACAAGCAGAUGAUGCUGCUCUCAAAUCCGUAUGGGGAACCGGGUCACCAUUCCCCAGUGUUCUAAGUGGUACCCCUCAACAAGGGCCUGUUCCCAACCCCACCACAGAUGUUUUUGAUGACUUUGAUGAUGAGCAGGGACACAAUCUGUUGGGAAGUCUACAGCUAGAAGCUGAUGAAGAGCCAGUCAGACGUGGUGCCUCACGUGCUAAUAGUGUACGGUUUGAUGUCAGUGCUUUGCAAGGUUCAAAUUGGGCUGCCGGCUCUCGAAAUUCUGGAGAAUUCGGUCCGGUCCGUCCAAGCAGCGGCUUCGGAAGUCAUCCAAUGACCGAGAGAUCACUCUCUCACAAGUCCGAUGGCAGGCAUAGUUCAGCUGGUCACUCGGUUCAUUCUAUGCAUUCUGUCCCAUCUGGACGGACAAGCAGCUUAGGACUAGAUACUAAUUUCAUCAUUGGGGGUCAUGGUGAUGAUUCACCUCUCGACAUCCCUGAUCCUCCUCCAGGAUUGUUCAUUCUGGGUUCCGUUCCUUCAAUCAUUCGAUGUUGGCUAACUACCAAUUUCUCUCAUCCUGCACUCCUCUACGCAGCAAUAUGUACUGGUGCACAGAGGUCUACCCUCGAUUACAGCCUUGUGAAGGAUCUAGGUUUGGCAGAUCAAAUGCACAAAGACACGACAGGUCGCCAGAUCAUCAGAUUACCGGUCUAUCUCCCAGAAGCGAUCGUUACACAACCAUCUUCGAGGUCGAGUAGCCCGGCUCCUCAUUUGCCAACUUUGUCAGCCGAUUUUGAGAUCGUGGGUCUGAAUCAAAGGACGAGUAUUGACCGUAAGAAAGGCAUUCGCGUCUUCAUAGGAAGUGACACUCUUCGAUCACAUAAUGCGGAUAUCUUGUUCUCACAGAAUCUCAUGACCCUCUACAGCGAUGACAGAAACAAGCUUUCUGUUCCAUUUGUCAGACCGGAAGACGAGGCUGCCUUUAGAAAUCUCCGUACGACCAAUGUCGCACCAGAAAAGAAUGAAUUGAAAGCCACAGCACCGCCAUUCACCCCUACUGAGUCCAAGCCAAAGGUCGAACCCACUCCGGAUGCAGUCACUACCGCACUCGCGAACAGCGUUGAGCGAAAUCACAAGGAGCCGGAGCACGCGAAACCAUUACCGGAACCACAGUCUCCGUAUACUUCGACAUUUGUCUCGGAAUCGGCAACCAGAGACCGAGCAUCUAGCAUGAAGUCCGUUGCUGGCCCGAACGGCAGCGUAUCAGAUUCAGAAAAGCAGCAAGAUGCUUCUGUCGGAGAACCUGAAACAUCAGACACCACGAACUCGGACUCGACUCGAAGAGAAUCAACAGCUGGUAUCUGGGGUUCGUGGCGCCAAGCCAGCACAUCCAUUACCGGCAGUGAAACCGAGUCAACGAGUGGCUAUCAACGUGCAACUCGUGGUGGACGAAGCAUGAAAGUCCUCAAGCCAUCCAAGCCCAUUUCUUCAGCUCCUUCAGCACCAUCACGGUCGACAUCAGCUGCUCGCACGGGAUCUACGUACGAACCGCCACCACCACCCCGUGCUUCAGGCGAGACACGACGGAAAAGCCAGGUCGAAAAUGUCCCACUUAGAUGGGAGCCAAAGCGAGGAAGUAUGGAGGAACAGAAAACUUCAAGUUCUUCUCUUGUAUCUAAGACCAUCGCUACUAUUCCAAGGUCUUCCAAUCCGGUUGGUGGUGCGUCGGCUUUUGCGUGGAUGAAUUCGAACAAGCCGAAGGCUUCUGCUACUGCUGAAUGA